GUCGCGUCGCAAUGCGCAGCCGCGCGCGGCCAAACUACAUCAUGCUGCGCAUGCGCAGAUGCUCGUGACGCUCUGCCGCGCGGCUAGAAUCGCGUGAGUCGCACCUUAGGAAUCGUACCUUUAGGGCGACUCUGGCUCGCGCAACACUGGCUCUUCGCCUCUGUGCGCGUGGCACCGAACAGGCCUGCAGUCUUCGCGUCGGUAACGCGCCUCUUGCAGACUUCAAGCGGCGACCCUGGAAUUUUAUGGCGGAUUAUUCAAGGCAAGUGUGCUUCAGUACGAAAAUGUCACGAAAAGACAUUCGCAAGUCCUCGUACUACGUGUGGUCACUGGGGGUCGAGCUGGCCAGAGGAUUGAGAGGUCCAGAUGUAGUGGAGGAGGCACUGCGUAAGCUGCUGUUGCGUGUAUCAGAAGACGUCCCGUACGACCCGGUCAAAGUGACCUUGCAAGUGAGCCACAAGGGCGUGAAGGUCCUGCAGAACACGACGUUCCGCCGGAGCAGCAAGCCGGAGGCGAAGGAGCUGGUGCCGCGCGACGGCAUCAUGUUCGCGCAGCAGGUCCAAGACGUGGUGGCGUUCGUGGUGCUGAGCGAGUCGAGGACGCAGUGGCCGCUGCGCAUGCACGCGUACCGCUGCGACUCGGUGGAGACGGCCCACAACCUGACGAACCACCUGCGCGUGCUGACGGGCCGUCCCGAGCACCAGCAGCGGGUGGCGGGCUUAGAGGCGCAGCUGAGGUCGCAGCGCGCGCCGCAGGCCGAGGCGAGCUCCGAGUCGUCGGCGGGCUCCUCGUCAGGCGAGAUGGCCGGCCUCUACAUGUCCCUGGCUGCCGAGCUGCGCGAGAAGCUGUCGCUGGGCUCCAAGGAGCCGCUGCUGCUGCCGCCCAAGGACUACGACACCAUCAGCCGCCAGAGAGGCAACAUGGCCGCCGUGGACCUGCGGCGUGGCUCCAGCAGAGGCAGUAGUGGCAUGGACUCGGACCACGCCGUCAGCCCCUCCAAGUCGGAUGAGGAAUGGGCAAAAUCUUUGGAUGAUGACCCAGUUCCUAUUGCUCUUACAGAAAAAAAGUCUUCCAAUGUUUGGCGAACUAGAGGUGAAACUGAAUCGGAACUGCCCAGUAGGUUUGAACAAGCAUCGCUAGAAAGUUGCCUGAUACCAAACAUCACCCACAAUCGGACAAGUGCAGACCGACAACGAUCUCCUACGCCGCCAUCGCAACUAUCUGCUGGCAAGAUGAAGUCUGCUAGUGUGAGUGAACCUGUAUCCCCGCAUGACCGUUUCAAAGAUGCAAAGGAAAAAUUUCUACUUCUGGAAAGAGAAAGUUUAUCAAAACAAGUGACAGAAAUAGGCUGCAGAAGUGUUCGAUCAGUGGAUACACCAAUAUUGUCAACUUAUGAAAAAGGAUCUCUUUCUUAUGAUGGAUACGCAAAGGUUGGAAAAAAUACGUCGAAAUGUUUCAAUCAUGAUAUUCCAGAAGAAAGGUUACACCACAGUUACGAGGCAAUGGGGAACUUUCCUUGUCAUGACAACAGAAAUCCACAUGAAAAUGACUGUGUCUAUUGUCAAAAUGUUCGUCGGUUUAGAGCUAAGUCAUGUAGUGACGUAAUAGGAUCAUCAGAGUAUUGCUUAUCUUACCCAGGAAGAAGUGAUAGCAAUAAGAAAAAAGGCAAUAUUGAGUGCCAAUGUGUGGGUGAACCAAAAAAUUUUAAGUACGGUUACAUGGUUGAAGACAUUUCUGUCGAAAACUCAUCACAGUUUAUGGCUCCCGUGGAAAAAAUAUCAGACUGGCAAAGUAAACAAAUGCAUUCUAAUGUUUAUGAGGAAAAUGACCUUGAUAAAUCAUCACACAGGUUUGGCAGACCUGUUGGAAAUAUAGGCAAGCAAAUGAUAAACAACAGUUCAAUAAUAGAGCAUGGAUAUUUAAGUGAUCGGCAGCAUUCUGCUAAACCUGGAACAUCACAUGAUAGGUAUCACAAACCUCGUCACGAGGCUGACAGAAACUUUGAAGGAACUGGCAAGCCUCGUUCAAAGUUUGGCAUUUUGGAAAGAGAUCCUUAUAGACAUUCACAUGACUAUGUCAAAGAGUUGAAGCAAAAAUCAUGUCAAGACUCAAGCUGUUCAGAAUCAUCAGGGGGAGAAAAAAGUGAACUUUUAGUGCCAAGGCAAGGAAACAUGAAGCGAAAUCCCAGCUAUCAAGAACUGUCUGAUCAUGAGAGGUUUCCGGGCUUGGAUCGUGAAACAGCUCGAUUGCAGCACCACAACAUAGUUAAUAUGUCUCCUUCAGAAUCAAACUCGGCACGGAAUCGCCACAGCUACGCGGAGCUCGGUGUGCAUGGAUACAAUAAAAACACGAAACAAUUCCCACAUCACAAGCAACUGCAGCAAACAGCAAGCAAUGCCAGUUCAGGUCGGGUUGGUUUGGCAGUCGUUCAUAGAUUUUAAAACAAUUGAAUGGUUGUAAGUGUUUUAUUUUAAAUCACAAUAUUUGUGUAAUUACUUGAGUCUGAGACUUGUGUGCUUGUUUUUUGCAAGUAAAAUCUGUAAAUUCUUUAAUGUUAUUCUUAACGCUUAUAAAAAGCUAUUGUGUUAAAAUCAUAAGUUUAUGAAUGAAAUAUAUGAAAUAAAGUUAUUCCGUUUUUAAAAUUGUAAGGAAUGUCAAGGGAAUGAGAUUAAAUCGUUAGUAGGUAUUAUAUGCUUAAAACAAUAUUAAGAAGGCUGUACUAACUAGUGCCAAAUUAAAAUUUUCAUGCUACUCAUCAUUUAACCAACAUCUAUCUUAAGUUAAGUGUUAACAAUGCUCUAUUACUGUUAUUUCUUUGAAGAAAUUUUGUUUAAUUUGAUUAAACUAAAAGUGUUAAAAUAUUUUUUGUAAUACUCUCAUUGGCUUUCAAAUCAGAUAUUCUGGCUGUAUUAUUUUAUCUCUGAAUGUGUUUUAUUAAUCUUUUUAUUCUGCUACAAAUAAGUGUGUAUUUAUUGAUAACCUUUUAUAUGUAUAUUUUUUUCUCAUUUUAGCAUAGAUCUGAAUUUUUGUUACACUGUUAAUUAUGUGACAGCUAGAGAAAAUUUAUCUUGGGAAGUCAAUAAUUUUUGUUAAUUUCAG